UGUUAACAAGUAUAUAUAAUACUUUUUUCUAUUUACAGUGGAGAGAAUAAUGGUGAACUUAGAAAUGUAGCCACGGAGCAACAAAAAAACUACAGUAGAACUCUAUGUCCUAUGUAUGAUUGUAAUCGAUUUCUUUUGUUAGAUGAUGACUUCAUAACAGGCAGAAUUUAGUAUUGGCCUUGUAUCUACAGGGUUUUGUCCCAAAUGGCAGCUUAUUCCCGAGUACAUAGUGCACUACCUUUGAACAGCCUGGUCAAAAGUAGUGCACUAUGUAGAGAAUGUGGUUCCAUUUGGGACGUAUGCUGCUUUCUACAGUUUUGCGAUCCUCCACAGGCUCAUGUAAUUAGAGAAUGUCAAACUGGGGGUUUCUGGAAAACAUCCUGAGUGGGGUGAACAAAUACUCCACAGUCAUCGGGUGCAUCUGGCUCUACAUCGUCUUCAUCUUCCGCAUCCUUGUGUACGUGGCGGCUGCUGAGCACGUCUGGAAGGACGAGAACAAGGACUUUGUCCGCAACAUCCAGCAGCCUGGCUGUGAGAACAUGUGCUUCGACCAUUUCUUCCCCAUCUGCAUGUGGGCCCUCCAGCUCAUCAUGGUGCCCAAUCGCUCCCUGUUGGUGGCUCUACACGUGGCCUACCGCGAGAACAGGGAGAGGAGGAGGCAUGGGAAGAAUCUCUAUGAGGACAAAGGCAGGACUGACCGAGGCCUGCUCUUAACCUAUAUCAUCAGCCUCGUCUUCAAGACUACCUUUGAGGUGGGCUCCCUCCUGGCCUUCUACUUCCUCUACAGUGGCUUUGACUAUCGCUGCAGCCUGGACUCUUGCCCAAACACCGUCGACUGCUACACCGCCAAAGCCACUGAGGUCUUUCUUUACAUCAUGAACUGUACAUCCAUAUUGUGCAUUGUGCUGAAUGUCUCAGAGAUGUACAUUCCAUCAAAACAGUGCUGGAAGUGUUUCAGCAAGCACUACAUCCCUAUUGAAGAGAGGGUUAGUCGGCAUUGUCGCCAUCAGCAACAGUACCUCAGCCCACACUGGGCUCACAAGAUCCAGCAACAAAGGACAACCAAACCCAUCCCCUCUUGAAAGACCUACUAAGCAGAAAUUGCAACUCCAUUUCCUGGUUGCUAAAACUAAUAGUUUGCCUAAUUUCAG